UCGUGUUAGUUAAACUGAAAACAACCGCAGUAGAUGUUUAGCAGGCGGCUACUGUUAGCAGGUAGCUUCACUGUUAGCAUGAGAGGAGGCAGGCGGCCAGCUGGACGACACACAGGGGCUAAAAUUAGCUUACACCUGGCUGCCUAACCCGACAGUGUCCAGCUCCACAAAAUAAGGCAUCAAAUGAGGUUAAACCGACAGCACAGCAGCGACCUGUCAACGCCUGUAGGAAGCUAGCAGCCAACCGAGCAGCUAACUGUUAGCUACGAGCAGCAGAACGAGUCGGACGAGCCAAUAUUUACGACUGACUCCUCCUGUGGCUCUGACGGGUAACAUGAGGCAUGUUUAUAACACCAGCAGUGACGGAACAGUAGAGGAGCUCUACUGCCACCUGUUGCUUUGAAAAUUAACAUAGAUAGAUAGAUAGAUAGAUGAAUAAACAAUUCAUAAAACAUGUACAGAUAAGUUAUAUUUUACAUAGAAAUAUAAUGUAUUAAAUGUGUUUUUAAACAUUAAAAUAAUGAAAUUAGAAAAGAUGUUUAUUUCAUGUUCCAAAUUAUGUGGAACAAUAUUAUAAUAAUAGGCAAUUCAGGCAAUUGUGCAGCACUUCUGGUCUCCUUGUGGCCCGCACAAAAUGCACGUGGAACUUAAAGUUGCCUGCUUGUAAAAUAGCAAACUUGCCCCAAAUAUCCAGAAACAAAUGUGGGCUUUUUUCUGGCAAACAUGCCUUGUGCUGGGCAAGGUGGCAUCUGGAUGUGAAGCUAAAGUGGCCCAUGUGGUAAAUUGAGAAUAUGGCCCAAAUAACACAAACAAAUUCAGGCCACCUUUGGUUGACAUGCUGCAUUGCUAUGGAUUACUUGUGGCCCCGAUCUGGCAAACAGGAGUGGACCGCCCAUGUGCCAUCAUUCCACAGGGUAUGUGGGCGGGAUGACAGUGCUCGGUGUGGGCCAAAUCUGGGUGAGGUGAGGGGUAUUCAGCUGCAACAUACAACUUCUCCACUAGAUGUCACUAAAUUCUACACACUUUACCUUUACAUUUUUCAAAGAAGAAAAACACAUGCUCUAACAAAGUGCUGGAGUUUCACCUGAGCUCUCCGAAUAAUUUACGACCACCCACUUUCCACAUAAAUAAGAAAAAAAAGAAACACCGUUUGGUAGAAUCCACAUCUGUCACAUGUGUCCUCCGCUCUCUGAACAGGCCUAAAGCUCAGUGUUGGUGUGCUGACGUCUGUGGGGGUCUGUGAUAUGGCACAACUCUGGGAACCCCCUCUAAAAAAAAAAAUCUCCUGCAUAUGACAGACUGAUCUUGACGACACAGAGGGUUAAUUCUAAGCCCCCACCACCUCCACCCACAUUCUCCAAUUUGAAAGCCGCCUCUCUACCGGCAGAGGAAGGCUCUUUUUCGGUCAGAUGGCGUGCUGCAGUCCGCCCCCGUCAUUCUCCAGCCCACACAGACAGCAAAAAGGCAGCCAGCGACCAAUACGGUGCGCCGGAGGAGGAUUUCUGCCAGUGAUUUCAGACGAGCCACGAUACGCAAAGGGGGAUUUACUACGCCAAUCUGCGCCGGGGAAGCUUGCGGCGAUAGCCUAUAGGUACCAGGUAUCGACCUGUGACAUCUGUUGGAGAGACACCUUUGCGUAAUUACGCCUGUCUCCUCUCUGCGCAUUUACCCUGGUAGCCUGGAUAAGUGCUGUGUGCCAUGUCUCUGCCACGCACACUUGGGGAGCUGCAGCUCUAUCGGGUGCUGCAGAGGGCCAACCUGCUGGCUUAUUAUGAAACCUUCAUCCAGCAGGGCGGUGACGACGUUCAGCAGCUCUGUGAGGCAGCAGAGGAGGAGUUCCUGGAGAUCAUGGCCUUAGUUGGCAUGGCCACCAAGCCGCUGCAUGUGCGUAGGCUGCAGAAGGCCCUCCGAGACUGGGCAGCCAACCCUGCCCUCUUCAACCAGCCUGUCGCUAAUGUUCCCCUCGGGGGCAUCCCUCUGUUCAAAGUGGACGGAACGGGCUCAAGUGGAUCCAGGAAGUCUGUGAGCAACGGCCAGCCCGGGUCACCAUGUGAGAGGGAGGAUCGGGCAUGUCUUACCCCAAUGCACAGUGGGAGUCCCAGAAGCCCCUGCUCCCAGGCCUCCCCACAGCCACCAGACACACACUACAGGGAAAAACUGUCACCCAUGGACCCGCACUGGCUCAGCCCAGAGCCAGAUGGAAACUGUUCAGCAUCUGGAUUAGAGGAGGAGCCGCCCAGCCCACCUAUGCUGUCAACGUGUCCUCCUGGUCCCUCCACAUCUCCCAGUCCCUCUGCUUCCGUCGCCCCUACAGCCCUGUCAGCCUGGCCCGGAGGACAGCUGGACGGGGAGACGGCGAGGGCAGUGGUGGAGAGCGUGGAUAGGCUCCUAAGGACCAUGCCAAGGUCAGAUCCCACGGAGGUGAAGACACUGCUUAGGAUGAACAAGAAGUUGGCAAAGACUGUGGGGCACGUCUUCAAAAUGGGGUCCCAGGACGUGAACAAGGAAGAGGAGAUCCGGAAGUACAGUCUCAUUUAUGGACGCUUCGACUCCAAGAGGAGAGAAGGCAAGCAGCUCACACAUCAUGAGUGUCCAUCCUUCUUUCACUCACUGCUUCUCCUCCAGUUGAUCAUCAAUGAAGCUGCAGCCCAGUUCUGUAUGCGCGACAAUGCCCUUCUGCUGAGACGAGUGGAGCUCUUUUCAUUGGCUCGGCAGGUGGCGAGAAAAUGUGCCUACACCUCCACUCUGAAGCAUGCAAGGACAAAUGCAGAUGAGAACAGUGUGGUGCUACAGAAGAGAGCAAGACAUGAGGUAAUGGUGCCUGAGGGCGUCUCAUCACUUCUCGGAGUGGAGAGCUCAGAGGCCUUGAACCAGAGAGCAGACGAUGACAGUUUAUCUGCAGAGAGCCUCGACAGUGUAUCACAUGAAUUCACACCCAGAUCUGUAUGUCCUGUUAGACAUGGGCUCACAGUGCAACCAGUCUCCUUCCCCUCGUCCCCACACCGACACGUCCAACCCCGCCAGCUGGAGUCGCCACCUCAUACAGCAGACACUAAUGGACGAGGGGCUGCGAUUGGCUCGGAUGGUGUCUCAUGAUCGGGCUGGCAAGAUCAGCCUAGGGUCAGAAGGGACUCGCUCCUCAGACCAUGACAGUAAAGUGGAGAAGCGGGGCUCAUUAACAGCGUGCAGGAGCAGUAGCCCCUGCAUCACCAGAGACAACUCCAAUCACCGAGGGAAAUGAAAAGUGCUCCGAGGUUAUCAGCGAACUCGAUGUGCUCAGGCCCAACGCUGAACUCCACUCAGACUGCUGCACAGGCUGUUACCGAGCAGGUUUCCUCCACAUGUACUUCACUGACAUCACAGGCAUCUGAGUGACUAUAAAGUCUUUACAGUUCAUGUCAGAAUUUACCAGCAACUAAACUCAUCAACCUGCAGCGACUUCUAAAUGCUGUGGAUAAGGUUAAAAAAACGUUUACUUUUAUUAAGUAAAUAUGCAGAGGAGUAAUUUUUUUGUUUUCUUUUUCAAAUUCAUGGACUUUAUGUCCUGCAGAUUUGAUCUAAUAGUAAAAAAAAAAGGUGAUUUUAUCAGGAGAAAACAGACAUUUUUGUUCAAUGGAUCAACCUGUUUUGAGCUGUGCUGUAAAAUCCACCUGUUUCAGAUGAGAUGGGCUCGACACAGCAGGGGGCACUGCAACUUUGGAAAUGGACUCUCGGAACUUAAUCCGGCCUGAGUGAAAAUGUAGUAACAUGGAGGGAAUUUGCAGUCUCAGCACGUAAUAUAAUAACAAGACAAAGACAACAAUCUCUGCAGCUCAUCCCCCUCAGGAAACAAGCAGAUGUGCUGGUUUUUAACAGACGUCAACGUGGCAGUCAGAGAAUAGUGUUCCUUCACAAUUAAAGAUAAUCUAUGUAGAUGAAGUAGGGAAACAGUGGGUGGUUGAGCCAUAACAUGAUCGACGUUUUUCAACGCUGCUGUUAGGUUCAGAUGCCUUUUUUUUCUUUUUACUGCAUCAUCUAGUCACCUGUCAGAUCAGAAGAGGCACCCUGAGAUCUAUAUAUACACACACAGUAUAUAUGAAGCAACAAGCCUCCAUUUUCUCCCUCACAUCCUUCUUUACUGGAUUUUUCCACAAACGGCCCAAAAUUGUUUGUACGAAACAACGCAAUCAACACUUCUGUUUGAGGCAUUUCAUUAUUUUAAAUGAUGUGGAAAAUGUACUGAGAAAACAUUUUCUAAACUCAGCGGCAUUUGAAAAGAAUAGAGACACUUUAUUGAUUUCCAGGUGAUUGAUUUUCACUCUUCUCUUUAAACACUGGAGUGAAGUUUCAGACACUUGGAGCAGCAGGGCUCAGCAUCUUGCUAAGGAACAUUUCAGCAGGGAGGAUGUUUUCAGACAUUCAAGCUGUGAACUACAUUGUGAGAUUUAUAAAAUGCUAAAUUUAAAAAACACAGUGCCACAGUAUUUAAAAAAUGAAGUGGGGAAAAGUCUAAAUUUUUGAUGCAAUGUUUUUAGGUGUAGCGGACCUAGCGGAGAUAUUAACAAGAUCAACUUUAUGUUGUUUAUUUUACAAUUCUUUUCACCUCUGAGACUCACAAUCACUUUAAAAAGAAAAUACCAUGCAGAGGUUUACAGAAAUAAAUCUGAUGGUGCUUGACUUUUGAUCCAGCAACACCUGUAAUUCAUUUCAACCGACUGGCUCUUAUGAGGAAGAGUUGAAAUGGGCUUAAACAAGGCAAAUAUUGAUAAUUGAUGAAAAAGGAUUUUGUACUCUCCACCACAGAUAUGUCAGUGAGGUACCUUGCUGUGAAUCAGUUUCACCUGCCUGCCUGCUGAGCAUUAGUGACCUCAGUUUAUUAUGUUGCAAACAGAUAAUUUAUUUUGUUACAUCUCAAUAAAUGUUAUUUUAUUGCUUAAA